UUCAAAAUCUUUAGGUAAUUAGUCUGAUGAAUAAAAGGUUUCCAAAAUAAAUAGAUAUAUUAGAUUUGAAUGGAUCUUCAUGCUAUAUGCAUCAGUUCGUGGCCAGCGAUGUGUUGCUUAUUUCAGAUAAAUAAUUUUUUUUAAAACAUAGGUUCAUCCUCGUAUAUUUAUUUUUCAUUAUUCUUGAAACGUGGGAAACGUAUGUUUUUCUUAUUAAUAAUAGUAGAUGUUGCUUUACAGAUUAAAAUUUAUUCGCCAGUAUUUGACAAGACGGGAGACAAACCGGCCUGAAAACGCAGAUUCAGUGAGAGCACAAGGGGAUUACUCUCAAUGGACAAGGAACUCAAACAAUUACAACAUGCUUAGCACCAGAAGAUUCAAUGCAGAUUCCAAAGUAAACGCAUUAGACGAGGUAGACAUCUACGAUCAUGUUGACGAAGGAAUAUUCAGCCACCAUAGUACGCCUCAGGACAAGUACGAUGCCAUAGUUAUCAGCAAGAACGCUGUGAUGGCUGAAUUGAUUGCAAUAAGGAAAAUAGUCAUGAUAAAAGGAACGAUGUUACGGAUAUCACAAGUGGUAUAUUUAGAGAAUGCUAUUCACUUGCUUUCAAUCCGGACAAUUCAUCAGAAUCUGCAAUGGAGAAUACGAAAUGCACUUGAAAUGCAGACAGGAAGACUAAAAAAAUAAAAUCAUGAUCAUCUUA